CCGAGCUGAACCUAUAUAACCCGACGCUGGGAGAGCUCGGCACCACAGCAGCCUGCUCGAGAACCCAUUCGUUUUCUUUACCGGUGCAGUGAAGGCUCCCUGUCAGCACUAAAAUGUCCCUUACAUCUAUCCUGUGUCCCGAUGACAUCGCCAAUGCCCUGAAGGACUGCCAAGCUGAAAACAGCUUCAAUCACAAAAAGUUCUUCCAGCUAUGUGGUAUGACAAAGAAGAGUCCCAAAGAGAUUAAGGAAGCGUUCGCCAUCCUGGACAAUGACAGGAGUGGCUUCAUUGAAGAGGAAGAAUUGAAGUUUUUCCUACAAAGGUUUUCCCCUGGCGCCCGAGUGCUGACUGAAGCGGAGACUAAAUCCUUCCUGGCUGCUGCUGACGAUGACAAUGAUGGCAAGAUUGGAGCUGCAGAAUUUCAAGCCAUGGUCCUGUCCUGAAGGUGCAGCCUGGGAAGAGCAUGGACUGCUGGGGUCUCCACUGCAUGUAUGCCCGAAGGUGAAGGGAACAAACUGCACUUAAGUACAUCCUCCAUUUGCAUCCAUGCCAAUAAUUUUUGGAAAGACUUGCCCUGUGGACAGACAGCAUGCAGGCUUUGAAAUUCUAUGCUUCUCUAACACCCAGCUUGUCACCAGGAUGGUCUUUAAAUAUAAUAAAAAAAAUACAAAACCAUAA